AUGGUCCUGGGUGAUGUUUCCUGUAGUGGGACAGAAUCUGCACUGAGGGAGUAUUUUGUCAAACUUGAGGGUGGAGUUGAUCGCUGCUCUGGAAGACUGGAGGUGAAGUUCAUUCACUCCUGGGCUACAGUGUGUGAUGCUGACUUUGACUGGCAGGAUGCUCAGGUGGUCUGUAGGGAGCUGGACUGUGGGGGUCCUUCAGCGCUACAAAAGGGGUCUCACUUUGGUCGAGGUAAAGGUUCCAUCUGGUCUAAGAACUUCCAGUGUGAAGGACAUGAGUCCUUCCUGCAUGAGUGUCUCACCACAGACAGACCACAGAAGAGCUGCACACAUGGAGUACAACUGACUUGUAAAGGACCUGAUGAUUUGAGGCUGGUGAAUGGAAGCAGUCCUUGCUCUGGGACAGUGGAGGUGUACCGCUGGGGACAGUGGGGGACAGUAGCCCAGUAUAACUGGGACUUAAACGAUGCUGCAGUGGUGUGUAGACAGCUGGGCUGUGGCUCUGCUGUAGUAACACCAAUUAGAGCUCACUUUGGAGAAGGUUCUGGAAGGGUGCUGCUCAGAGAUGUUUCCUGCAAUGGGUCAGAGUCUGCACUCAGGGACUGUGGAGCAGUUGACUUCAGACACAUAGACUUCCCACACAAGUUUGACGCUGGAGUUAUCUGCUCAGAUUUUGUGCAACUUGAGGGUGGAGUUGAUCGCUGUUCCGGGAGAGUGGAGGUGAAGUUCAAUCAGUCCUGGGCUACAGUGUGUGAUGCUGACUUUGACUGGCAGGAUGCUCAGGUGGUCUGUAGGGAGCUGGACUGUGGGGGUCCUUCAGCUCUACACAGAGGGUCUCACUUUGGUCGAGGUGAAGGUGCCAUCUGGUCUCAACACUUCCAGUGUGAAGGUGAUGAGUCCUUCCUACAUCAGUGUCUCACCUCAGACAGACUAGAGCAGAACUGCACACAUGGCAGUGGCAUGGGAUUGAUUUGUACAGGACCUGAAGAAGUAAGGCUGGUGAAUGGAGGAAGUCCCUGUGCAGGGACAUUGCAGUUCUAUCAUUGGGGACAGUGGUGGCCAAUACAUCCAGGUAUACAGGCCUUCGGCUAA